GUCAGAGUACUAGAUGACUCGAUGCCGCCACUCAAGCAUUGUGCACUCUAACCACUGCUGCACGCGGUCCAGAAGGGGGCCCCGGCAGAGUCAUGCAAACCCCACCUCCACCACCACUGCGCAUCGUCACCUCCGUCCUCUAAAUCCAACAAUCUUGAGCGCUUUCCCCCACUUACCCAGGCCUUCCCUCCGCAAUUCGACUUAUACAUGUUGUCAACCGCGAUUCGUUCGUCCCAGCGUAUCGCCACCAAGUCUACAUCCCUAAAAUCGAGCUCGGUCACCCUCAUCAGCUGGAACGACUUUGUUGUUGCCAGCACCUCUCCUCUCCCAAGAACAACAUCAACAGCAGCAGCAACUUCCCGCUUCUACACCACGACAACGCCCAGGACCUUUCGAUCCUCUCCCGCCAACACAAUGCCUCUCGUGCCGCCCACUACCCACUCCGGCGUCCCUCCGGACACCCGACCCGUCGUCAUCUCGGGCCCCAGCGGUGUCGGCAAGGGCACGCUCUUCAAGAUGCUCUUCGCCGCGCACCCAGACGUCUUCACCCUGUCCGUCUCCCACACGACCCGCUCCCCGCGCGGCGGCGAGGCCGACGGCGUAGACUACCACUUUGUCAGCAUGGCCGACUUCGAGUCCCUGAUCGAGCAGGACGCCUUUGUCGAGCACGCCAAAUUCGGGUCCAACCGCUACGGCACCUCGAAGCAGACCAUUGCCGACCAGACGGCAAAGGGCCGCGUCGUGGUCCUCGACAUUGAGAUGGAGGGCGUCAAGCAGAUCAAGAACAGCGGCAUGGACUGCCGCUUCGUCUUUGUCGCCCCGCCCGCGUUCGAGGACCUCGAGAAGCGCCUCCGCGGCCGCGGCACCGAGACAGACGAGAGCAUAGAGAAGCGCCUCGCCCAGGCCAAGCUCGAGCUCGAGUAUGCCCAGACUCCCGGCGUGCACGACCGCGUCAUUGUCAACGACGACCUCGCCAAGGCGUACCAAGAGCUCGAGGACUACGUGUAUGCGCCUGUCGCGUAAAUGUGCGCUUGGGAUGAUGGAAAGGAUGAACAUAGGGACAAAAUAAAUAUAGACAUAUUAUAUUGCCUUUCAACAUUUGCUUUCGAGAGAAAGGAAACUUGACGUGCACAUACAUAUGCUUGUGGUCAAUCUUCAGAAAUGCGCUGGUGUACAUUUCAGGCAUGCGCAGUCUGGCACUACAUCACGAUUUUGGCGCUUCACAGGG